AUGAAAUUAGCAAAAUUAGUGGACAUACUUAAACUAUAUCUUGUCUUCAAUUUAGUAAGAAUAGCAAUAGUUUUGUAUCUGCCUGUUUUGAUAAUUCUAUUAUGUUGGAUAUAAAUUAAUUAAAAAGAAUGGAAGAGUUCUUAAUCUUAUUAAUAGCAUACUAAUUGCAUAGAUUGCUUAAUUUUAAAUCAAUCUGAAAAUUAACUUGUUUCUGGAGGAAGAGAUAAUUCAAUAAAAAUUUGGAAAAUAGAUUUAGUUAAUAAUUAAUUAACCUAUUUUUAUUCAUUAGACAAACAUAAAAAUUAGAUUAACAGUCUAUGCUUAAAUCAAAACGAAGAUACUUUGUUUUGUUGUGGUGAUUAUAAAUAGAUAAUAAUUUGGAAAUAAGAUAGUGAACAAAAAUGGGAAUUUGGAUAUGAAGUUACAUAAUCAAUUUAAGAAUUUGGAUACAGAUUAUGCUUUAUAAAUGAAGACUAAUUUAUUUUUGUUACAGGAAAUCAAGUAAGCAAAGAUUGUAUAAGCACAUUUGAACUAAAAAAUUAAAAAUAUCAAGAAAACUUGGAAAAGGAACUAAGACUAAAUAAAAAUGAUUAACAACCUGAUCUCAAUUUAUUUCCAAUCUGUUAUGACAAAAAAAAGAAUUUAAUGAUUGUAAAACAUAAAUAGUGCGUUUAUUUGAUCAAAAUAUCAAAUGAAGGACAAUUAAAAAUAAUCUCAUAGAUAAAAUAUUAAUCAAAUGAUAUUUUUGGAGCAUUAACUAAUGAUGCAAAGUAUAUAGUUACUUGGGAUAAUGAGGGAUAGAAAUAUAAUGUGUAUGAAUUAUAUAUUAAUUGA